AUGCUGCUGGAGUUCAUGCCCUGGCGAGCCUGUAGACCCACUCUUGUCGCUCUGCAGUCUGCAGCUGCAAAUGCCCAAAACCAGUUCAACAUGGACAAGUCGCGGCUCUACGUCCACUCCUGCAAGGCGGACCGCGGUCCUUACUCAAAGCGCAUGCGGCCUGUUUCGAAGGGCCAGGCUCAUCCAUACCGGCGGCGCCAGACGCACUUGGAGAUCCGGGUGCGUGAGAUGACAGACGAGAUGAUGAUGAAGAGUGACGAGUUCGCCUGA